AUCUCUCUCUCUCUUCUCCCUCUCUCUACAUAGAUCUGAAAACUACACCCACAAUCUCAAACACGCACCAAGGAGAGAGAGGAUAACACAUUGCCGACAGAUAGCAAAACCGAACCAAAUCAUAACAAAACAUCCCCUUCUCGGGGUUGUUUUGAGUCUCAACACCCCAUUUGGGUUUUGUUUUGGGUAUCCAUUUACAUAAGAUUCUGUCGCACGUAGUUAUACAUAUUUUCGUUGUGUGCGUGUAAUCUUGCAAUGGGGAUGGAAAAGAAGUACGUAACGCAAGAGGAGUUGAAGCAGCACAACAAGCCGGGUGAUUUGUGGAUCUCUAUCCAGGGCAAGGUUUACAACGUCACGGAAUGGGCCAAGACGCACCCGGGCGGGGACAUACCGCUCCUGAAUCUGGCCGGACAAGACGCCACCGACGCAUUCAUCGCUUUCCAUCCAGGUACCGCUUGGGCACACCUCGAUCAGUUCUUCACAGGGUAUUACCUCAAGGACUUCGUCGUUUCCGAAGUGUCCAAGGACUACAGGAAACUCGCCUCGGAGUUUUCCAAAUUGGGUUUGUUCGAAAAGAAAGAGCACACCGUGGUUAAAUCCCUCUUGUUUGUCACGUUGCUGUUUGUUGGGGCCGUCUAUGGGGUUCUGGGUAGCAAUAGCUUUUUCGUUCAUAUGGGUGCAGGGGCUUUGUUGGGAUUUGCUUGGGUUCAGGUGGCUUAUUUAGGUCAUGAUUCUGGUCAUUAUAACAUGAUGACAAGCAAGGGUUUCAAUCAAAUGGCUCAGAUUCUGACUGGGAAUUGCUUGACUGGGAUCAGCAUUGCUUGGUGGAAAUGGACACAUAAUGCCCACCAUAUUGCCUGCAACAGCCUUGAUUAUGACCCUGAUUUACAACACCUGCCCUUUUUCGCAGUCUCGACGAGCUUGUUCAAAUCGAUAACAUCCGUCUUCUACGGAAGAGAAUUGUCAUUUGAUACGAUGGCUAAGUUGUGUGUGAGUUACCAGCACUACACGUUUUACCCCGUGAUGUGUGUUGGAAGGAUCAACCUGUUUGUACAGACGUUCUUGUUGUUGUUCUCAAACAGAAAGGUGCCCAACAGGGCUUUCAACAUAUUGGGGAUACUUGUGUUCUGGACUUGGUUUCCUCUCUUGGUUUCAUGCCUGCCCAAUUGGACUGAGAGGAUCCUAUUCGUGCUGGUCAGUUUCGUGGUCACCUCAAUCCAGCACAUUCAGUUCUGUUUGAAUCAUUUCUCGGCGGAUACUUACGUUGGGCCGCCUAAGGGGAACAAUUGGUUCGAGAAACAGACGGCUGGGACGAUCGACAUAUCUUGCUCCUCGUGGAUGGAUUGGUUCCAUGGUGGGCUUCAGUUUCAGCUGGAGCACCAUUUGUUUCCCAGAUUACCCAGGUGCCACUUGAGGAGGAUUUCUCCUCUGGUGAAGGAUCUUUGCAAGAAGCAUGACUUGCCUUAUAGGAGCUUUUCUUUCUAUGAUGCCAAUGUGAGGACGAUCAAGACUCUUCGUGAAGCAGCCGUACAGGCUAGGGGUUUGAUAUGGGAGGCUGUUAACACCCAUGGAUGAGGUUGAUGAUGGCGGAGAAGGUUUUAUCAGUCAUCCACCAGCACCUUAUGGGGGUAAUGAUAAUAAUCUGUUUUGGGGUUGGGGAAUUCCGGAAACAACAAAUAAAAAAUAGUAAAGCACAUUCUUUUUCUGUUUUGUUUUUGUUCUUAGCGGUUAUUUGGAUCCAACUUGUUCUUAAUUUUCACAUACUCUGCUUCUGAUUGAGUUUUUCAUCGGGAUAUAUGUCGAAUUGUCAAUUCUAUUAAGAUGUUAUUUAGGGAUGAUUUAAUUUUUGAUAAUAUGUAAGCUCUCUAUAUAGUAUUAUGUAGAA